AUGGCAGAGACAAACCUCACCUUAGUGACAGAAUUCCUCCUUAUUGCAUUCACUGACUAUUCUGAACUGGCACUCCCUCUUUUCCUCUUGUUUUUACUUACCUAUCUCAUCACUUUAUUGGGGAACUUGGGAAUGAUCAUUCUGAUCCACAUGGAUCACCAGCUCCACAGCCCGAUGUACUUUCUUCUGAGGCACCUGUCUUUCAUGGACAUCUGCUACUCCUCUGUCACUGUUCCUCAGACAAUGGCCGUGCUGUUGGAGCACGGGGCAACUUUAUCCUACACACGCUGUGCUGCUCAGUUCUUCCUGUUCACCUUCUUUGGUGCCAUUGACUGCUACCUCCUGGCCAUUAUGGCUUAUGACCGAUAUGUGGCUGUGUGCCAACCACUGCUUUAUGUCACCAUGAUGACACAGAAGGCCCGUCAAGGUUUUGUGGCUGGGGCUUAUGUUGCUGGUCUCUUCAGUGCCUUGGUGAGGACUGUCACAGCAUUCACACUCUCUUUUUGUGGGAACAAUGUGGUUGACUUCAUUUUCUGUGACCUCCCUCCUCUUUUAAAGAUAGUGUGUGGGGACAGCUUCACUCAGGAAGUGGUGAUUAUCGUGUUUGCCGUUUUUGUCAUCCCUGCUUGCAUGGUGGUGAUCUUGGUGUCCUACCUGUUUAUCAUUGUGGCCAUAAUGAGGAUCCCUUCAGCUGGAGGCAGAGCUAAGACCUUCUCUACCUGUGCCUCCCACAUCACCACAGUGUCACUCUUCUUUGGUACCCUGAUCUUCAUGUACCUGAGAGAUAACUCUGGACAGUCCUCAGAAAGAGAUCGUGUGGUAUCUGUGUUCUACACAACAGUGAUCCCCAUGUUGAAUCCCCUCAUCUAUAGUUUGAGGAACAAGGAAGUGAAGGAAGCUCUGAGGAAAAUUCUCAAUAGAGUCAAGCUUUCCUAA